GAUGUAGAGUUGAACAUUAAUCAGGAUUAUUACAUACUGCUUUGGAAUACUCCAUUUUGUUUGGCCAGUUUUUACAUUCCAAGGUCUGUUAUGGCUGCAAAUGGCCCUCUAUGAAACAUCUGAUUACACAGUAAAUAUUCAUUCAUGACAUAAUAUAAGUAUUUUAUUUAUUUUCUGUAGAAGAAGAAUGAUCAAAAUAUCAAGUCAUUUCAGUGGGAUCUCAAGAUGAGUCUGACACAGAAUGACCCUUCAGUGUGGACGAAUGUAAUCAGUUCAGACCAAAAAUGUUGACCAAAAUCCAACAUCUUAAAAUGCUUUCCUUCAUUUUUAAACCUUUAUGAUUUUUUAAAGAUCCUCGCAGAAAAAGAUCCUCAUGUUAUGUGUGUGUUUUGUGUGUCGUAUGUGUAGGCGUGACUGUCGUCUUUUCCUCAUGCCUGUUUCUUCAGGCUAUGGCCGUCCUAACCAAAAUGAACCCAUGAACUCACUGCGGAUUUCGGUCGGAGGACUCCCGAUGCUGUCCUCUAUGACCAACACCACAGACUCCCGAUUCCGGAUCAAAUGGAAAGCUAUCGUGGUGGUGGCAUCAGCACUAACCCUUGUCCUCCUCAUCUACAUGCACUUCCUGCCCUUUCACCCCCAUCACAGCGGGCGAAGCGGCUUGAGGUUAAGUCGUCCAGAGAUCAGGGGGGAGGAGCGCUACAAUGACACGUACCCUAUCAGCCCAGCGGAACGCACUGCCCGGGGCAUGCGCUACCGAAUUGCCGUCAUCGCUGAUCUGGACACGCAGUCGCGCAUCGAGAAGACGCUGACAUGGUUCAGUUACAUGCUGAAGGGUCAUCUGCUGGUGUCGGAGAGCGGAGAUCGAGUGGAAGUGGAGUGGGAUGAGGAACGGGUGGUUCUGGAAAGUCAUCUGGCAGAGAAGGGUCGGGGCAUGGAGCUUUCAGAAUUAAUCGUCUUCAAUGGGAAACUGUACAGCGUGGACGAUCGGACGGGGGUGGUUUAUAACAUUGAUGGACUGAAGGCCGUGCCCUGGGUCAUACUGCCUGAUGGAGAUGGAUCACUUUCAAAAGGAUUUAAGGCGGAGUGGCUGGCGGUAAAGGAUGAACAUCUGUAUGUCGGAGGUUUGGGGAAGGAGUGGACCACCACCACAGGAGAGGUGUUGAAUAAUAAUCCUGAGUGGGUGAAGGUGGUGGGUUUCCAUGGAGAUGUGCAGCAUCACGAUUGGAUUCUUCAGUACAGCGGUCUGCGUAGAGCUGCAGGCAUGAGUCCUCCAGGUUACCUCAUACACGAAUCAGCCGCAUGGAGCGACACAUUGCAGCGUUGGUUUUUCCUGCCACGCCGCGCCAGCAGCGAACGUUACGACGAGACCGCCGAUGAGCGCCGGGGAACCAAUCUGAUUCUCAGCUGCUCGCCAGAUUUCCAGAACAUCAAUGUGAGACAGGUGGGGCCGUUGAACCCCACCCACGGCUUUUCUUCCUUCAAGUUUGUCCCCAACACAGACGAUCAGAUCAUUGUCGCUCUGAAGUCUGAAGAGGACGCUGGGAAAAUUGCCACGUACAUUGUGGCGUUUACAUUAGAUGGUCGAAUUCUGCUUCCUGAAACUAAGAUCGGGGACGUGAAAUACGAGGGAUUGGAGUUCAUUUAAUGUCCCAUUCUUCAUAUACUGUAAAAGAACUGAGGAAUGAUGGACAUCUCCAGUGUCUCUAUGCUGAAAUAAUUGAAACAGUUUACAGUUUCAGUCUGAAAUGAUGCUGAACUUUGGUCCUGGUUAGUAAGAGUCCUGGUAUGGUUUUUUAUUCUGGUUUUUAUGGUCAUUCUUGAAAAAGACCAGUUUGGUUUUUUAUGCCAGUUCUGUACUUGCCGCAUCAUGAAUGUAAAAUAAUGAAGUGACAUAAUUUAAAUACAGAUUCACCUCAUGUCAUAUCUUGAA